UGCGGCUUAGGGGAGCCGGAGGGUGCGGGCGCGCGUCCCUGCGGCGGCGGCGGCGGCGGCGACCCCGGGGCCGGCGCCCCGAGCGCCCCCGCUCCAGCUGCGGGUCCCUGCUCCCUCCGCCGAGAGGCGUCUUUGUGUGCGGGGGUGUGGGAGGGGAGGCGCGAGGCCGCGUGCCGCCGAGUGCCCGCUCCCUCCCAGGGCGGGUGGGGGCUGCUCCGCGCCUCCCGCCGCCGCCUCCCGAGGACGCCCGCCGCCCGCACCACGCCGGGCGCGCCGCCCCCGCCCGCCGCCGCCGCCGCCGCUCGCACAUGCCCGAGCCGCAGCCCCGCGAGCAGACAGCUCCGGCCGUCCGCCCCGCGGCCCCGGGCCCGGGCUCCCGCGCCGUCCCUCCCCGCGGGCCGGGCGCCGCGGCCCCGGCAUGAGGAGCGGGCGAUGAUCCCCGCCAACGCCUCCGCCAGGAAGGGGCCCGAGGGCAAGUACCCGCUGCACUACCUCGUGUGGCACAACCGCCACCGGGAGCUGGAGAAGGAGGUCCGCGCCGGCCAGGUGGACAUUGAACAACUAGAUCCCCGAGGCCGGACUCCUCUGCACCUGGCUACCACCCUGGGGCACCUGGAAUGUGCCCGUGUGCUCUUGGCACAUGGUGCAGAUGUGGGCAGGGAGAAUCGCAGUGGUUGGACAGUGCUGCAGGAGGCUGUGAGCACCAGGGACCUUGAGCUGGUGCAGCUGGUGCUGCGGUACAGGGACUACCAGCGGGUGGUGAAGCGACUGGCGGGUAUCCCCAUGCUCCUGGAGAAGCUACGAAAGGCCCAGGAUUUCUAUGUGGAGAUGAAGUGGGAGUUCACAAGUUGGGUGCCUCUGGUAUCCAAGAUUUGCCCUAGUGACACAUACAAAGUGUGGAAGAGUGGGCAGAACCUGAGGGUAGACACCACGCUUUUGGGCUUUGACCAUAUGACCUGGCAGAGGGGGAAUCGCAGCUUCGUCUUCAGAGGUCAAGACACAAGUGCUGUGGUCAUGGAGAUUGACCAUGACCGCCGCGUGGUGUACAUGGAGACCCUGGCGCUGGCCGGGCAGGAUCGGGAGCUACUGCUGGCUGCCGCCCAGCCCUCGGAGGAACAGGUGCUGAGCAGGCUUACUGCGCCCGUUGUCACCACACAGCUCGACACCAAGAACAUCUCCUUUGAGAGGAACAAGACUGGCAUUCUGGGCUGGCGCAGUGAGAAGACAGAGAUGGUGAACGGGUACGAGGCCAAGGUAUACGGGGCCUCCAAUGUGGAGCUCAUCACCCGGACACGGACAGAGCAUCUUUCGGAACAACAUAAAGGCAAAGUCAAAGGUUGUAAGACACCUCUGCAGUCUUUCCUGGGAAUUGCCGAGCAGCACGGGGGACCCCAAAAUGGGACCCUGAUCACUCAGACUCUGAGCCAAGCCAACCCCCCUGCCAUCACUGCAGAGGAAUACUUCAACCCCAACUUUGAGCUUGGCAACCGGGCCAUGGGACGUCCCAUGGAGCUGACCACCAAGACGCAGAACUUCCCUUACCCCUUGGGAUCUGGGGGACCAGGUUCAAGGCCAAGCUGUGGCUGUGUGAGGAGCACCCCCUGUCCCUGUGUGAGCAGGUGGCUCCCAUCAUUGACCUCAUGGCUGUCAGCAACGCACUUUUUGCCAAGCUCCGGGACUUCAUCACGUUGCGCCUGCCUCCUGGCUUCCCAGUCAAGAUUGAAAUCCCGAUUUUUCACAUCCUCAACGCCCGCAUCACCUUCGGGAACCUCAAUGGCUGCGAUGAGCCAGUGCCCUCGGUGCGAGGUAGCCCCGGCAGCGAGACGCCCUCCCCUGGCAGUGACUCUUCCAGCGUCAGCAGCUCCAGCUCUACCAGUGAGACUCUCCACUCCCCAGAGUCCUACCCUUCCCAAGCUCGGCUCCAUUUCCCCCCCAGACACUAAGGGGCGAGCACAGCCCACACCUGACCCCUGGCCCACGCCUCCAGCCUCCUGUCGUGCCUGUGAGAUCUCCCCUGCACUGUUCGAGGCCCCACGUGGCUACAGUGUGCUGGGCGGCCAGCGAGAGGCUGUGCCUCGUGAUGAAGAUGAUGACCUGCUGCGGUUUGCCAUCCAGCAGAGCCUGCUUGAGGCGGGCAGUGAGUAUGACCAGGUCACCAUCUGGGAGGCGCUAACCAACAGCAAGCCAGGCACCCACCCCAUGUCCUAUGAAGGCCGCCGACAGGACAGUGACACUGGAACCCUACUAGGCCCAGAGAACCCUCAGUGCCUUCAACACCUGGUAUCGAGAACCCGUUAUCAAGAUGGCUUCUGCCAACCCCCUUUCCUGGCACAGGGAGGGUGGCCAGUGCUCCAGGCAUGUGCAGAGAUCAGGGACCUAGCUCCCUGGACCUUCAGACCCUCAACAACAGACAGGUUGGCGGGACCUGGGAUCUGCCAUCACUGGGUGGGGCCCAGACAGCCCAGCGAGACUCAUGGCUUCCCCAAGAGGGUGGCAAGCCUGCCCAGCCCUGGGACCUCCACGAUGUCUCCUGCCCCGCUUACGAGCAGGUGUCCCAGGUGUGCCGGGAGCGGGGAGCGCUCGACAAAUCCUCCCCGCCCCCAGGAGCGCCCCACCCACGCCGCAGCGCCAGCCCAUGCCCCCGGCUCCAGUGCCCAGCCCUCGGCCCAGCCCAGGUCCCGGCUCCAGCAGCCAUGUGUUCCGGAGCUACGACGAGCAGCUGCGGCUGGCUAUGGAGUUGUCCGCUCAGGAGCAGGAGGAGAGGCGGCGGCGAGUGCGCCAGGAGGAGGAAGAGUUGGAGCGGAUCCUGCGGCUCUCGCUGACCGAACAGUAGCGCCUCCUGCUGGGACCCUCGCCCACUCCACGCAGGACCCGGGUCUGCGCACCUGCCGAGCGGCUGCUGGAGUCUGGAGCCAUCGCAUUGCGGGUGUAGCAGCGCAUCAGGCUUGAGAUGCCAGGGGUUUGAUACAGGCGUGGAAUCACUUUCCAGGCCAGAGCCCUAGAGGGGUGCUGGUCUCCCUGCUUUGCUGUAUGGUGACCCCUAAUCCGCUUCUCUGGGCUCAGAUCUGUCCAAGGGCGGAGGCAGGUGGUAUUGAAAAGGAAACGAAUCCUUGAGAGGAGCACUGUCCCGUCCCUUGCUCCUUAUGGCUGGUCCUCCUUCUUGCUCACUGACCCCUCUCCAGGACACUGUCCCUGAAGCCUUCGCAUCUCAGCUCUUCACCCCUGGGAGGCAGCUGAUCGCCCUGCGUGCUGUGUCGCGCUGCUUUGUCCCAGACACAAACCAGCACGUCAAGGGCCUAGCUCCUCCCCACCCCGGCAUUUCAGCGUCAAGUGCACUUAGCGGGGUACCCAGCCCCCCCAGUCCCAACACCUGUCCUGUGUCUCAGGGUGGUCCUAGCUUCUCCUUAGGCAGCCAGGAAUUGGAACCCCCAUGCCCGCAGCACGUUUUUCUUAUGAUCAGGGAGUGUGCCUAAGGUGCCCCCUAGUUUGGGCAAGGCCUGGUUCCCUCACGGUGCCUUGGGGAAUGGGGGCAGCAUAUUGGCUUGGGGGCAAGCACUAGAACCGACACAAAAGGGUUGAUGAGGGCCCUGGCACCACUGUCACCACCCACCCCUUCCUACCAGCUGCUGCUAGCCCUCUGUGGUUGUGCACCCCUCUUGCCCCCAUUCAGGGGCCGACUAACACCCUUUAUCCAAUGGUGCUAACCCCGGCUCUCCCUUUUCCACCCUACCCACCUAAAGAAGCACAGGCCCCACGAAGCAGGGGCCACACCCUUGUCCUGGGCUGCCUUCUGGCUGGCUUCUCUCUGCCAGGGGCUCAGAAGGGGCACAAAAGGGGGUCAAGAAAAGAGCAACAAAGCAAAAUUGUUCUUCCUCUUCCCUUCCCUGAUGCCAGGGGCACCAGACUGAUUCUGAGGCACAAAUAAAAGCGGUUUCAAACCAGA